AUGCCUUUCAUCCCCAAUACGCCCGAGUCCAAGAUUGCGCGCAGUGACUCGAAGAACCCUUCCACAACAUGCAAAGGACUUACCACCGAUGGCAAGCAUUGCAGACGCGACAUCAAAUCUCAGCUUCGCGAAACGGACGACGGAGUAGUUGCAGUACUAGAUGCGCAAGAUGAUGACCACGAUGGUGCAGCAGCCUACUUCUGCUGGCAGCAUAAGGACCAAGCAGCCACACUGGUAGCCAAGACCAAGGAUGGAAGAAAAGCAAAUAUAGUCCCUCUCAAGGGUAGAACGAGCGUGGAUACACUAGUCGAACGACUCGGCAUUGUGGAUUUGAAUGCGAAAGACAAGUCAAAGAGAAAAGAGAAUAGACAUGCACGACCGGCUCGGAAAGAGACGCUACCACAGACCUGGCAGGAUGUUGACGGAGAGAUGUACGCUGUACGGAAGAAGGCCAAGAAGAAGUCCUCCUCGAAUGUUGGCCUCUUCUGCUGCAUCAGUGCACGCCCCUCGAGUCCGGAACCUAUUCGCACAACGGUCGUGAAGCCUGCGCGAACGGACGGCUACACAAAGAUGUCUUCACCGCUGCCUCAGACGCAUGCCUCUCAGACUCACUCUCCACGUCCCCAGGCUUAUUAUCCAUCGUCGCCACGACCCUCUCAAUCGGCGCCCAACCAAUCAGGCCCACGUCCCACCCACCGAGUCGACCACUCAGCCCCCACCGUCCAAAUCUUCCGCCAAAUCCCCAAGCACCUCCCUCCCCUUCUCACCAGCGCCCUCAUGGCCGAACUCGUCAAGCCAAUUACUCCAGCUGACAGCAACCGCCGUGGCUUCAUCUACAUGUUCUGGCAAACACGCCUGACCUCCGGCGUCCCCUCUGUUUCUGAAGCCUCCACACUCCUCGACCCUCAAACCCCAACGAAAGGAACCCGCGACACCGUCCUCCAGAAGUACGCAGCCGGCUCCUCCACUCGAUCCUCCACCGCAACCCCCACAGCCAACAAGACUGUCUUCCUUAAAAUCGGCUCCGCGGCAAACGUCGCCCGCCGUCUUUCACAAUGGCAAUCUCAGUGCGGUUACGCCAUCUCGCUGGUCCGGUACUACCCUACCACCACCAGCCCAUCUUCUUCCUCUCCUCCUCCCAAUGGUGGGCAGAAGCGUCACUCCUCCACCCCUUCAGGCAGUCCCCUCCCGAAGAAUGGAAAUGGAGUCCAGCAAGCUGCGGGCGUGCCCUGCCUCAGUAAGGUGGAAAGACUGAUACACAUGCAACUAGCGGAGAAGAGGGUCAAGAGGAACUGCGAGACGUGUGGGAAGGAGCAUAGGGAGUGGUUUGAAGUGGAGGCCACGGCGGAGGCCGUGAGGGCUGUGGAUGAGAUUUGUAGGUGGUGGAUUGGGUGGGGGCUGAAGAAGGAGAGGGGGGAGGUUUAG